AAUUGUAAAAAAUGGAUCCAGAAAACAAGCCAAAAACCAACGAAAAACUUGACUCAACUCUCAAAAAAUUCCUCUCGGCUCAACCUUUCGACUCAGACGACAUCACCGAAUCCGCCAAACAAAUCUUCCAAGAAUUGAACCAAAACUACGACCACUUCAAACUAGUGACAAUCUCCGACGAUUUGGACGAAAUUCUCCCAAAAAAACGCGACCCCAAAACCCCAAUUUACGCAAUUUUGGAAAAAUUGAAACAACGAUGGGUCGUUUUGUGCCUUUGGGGGGACAAAGCCUACUACAAGGACUCAUCAGGCGAAAAAAUUCCCCAUCGAAUUGAAAAAAAAUUCGACACUUUGACAAUUUUCGAAAAUUUUGACCAAGACCACGACGCUGACGCGGUAGAGAAUUACGGGCCUUUCAGUCUUCGGAAUUUACAAAUUUUGCUAAAGUUGGGCCAAGAAAUCGGCGAAAAAUUCCCAAGCCAAAAAUUUUGCCAAUUGGCUGAUGUUGACGAAGAGAAAGUCAAUAUAAUUGUCAAAAAUGGGCAAGAAUUUGCUCAAAAAAAUGAUUUUAAAAACGCCCUACGACAGUUUAUUGAGACACUACCGCUAGAUUUGGGGGCACGUAUGCUAAAGUACAAGCAAAUCCUUGAGGAAGAGCUGGAUAAGGACGAAACUUUGGUUGACCACGAGCGGAUCAAGUUGGCUCGUCUGGAGUACCUAACCGACGAAAAUGUCACUAAAUUGCAAGAAAAUUACAAAGUCAAUGAUUCAAGUGUUGAAAUCGAAGUCGUCAAACAAUUUCCGGAGGAAAUGGACAAGUUGGGCCAAAUUUUUGCAACUCUUGACCACAUCACUGAUCAGAAACUGCGUGAAAACGCAUUAGAACAGCUCGCGAUUUUGCUAAAUUUAGACGCCAACAAGCUCAAGUCAUUUUAUGCGUCCAAAGGCCCGAAAACGCCACUCAAAAAACCGCAACUAACCCUUGACGAUAUCAGCAAAAUUGUCGACAAUUUGCCAAAACUUGACAAAACGACCAAGGACGCGGAAACCACCCCCUUUGACCAACUUUUGGAUCAAGUGACCCUUGGCCAAGACCUGACCCCUUCAUCCCCCGCCCAGUUCACCCCCAACAAGAGUCAACUCGAACAAAACUACUACCAGGUCAAGGAAAAAUACCAACUUUGGCGAGGUAGCACUUUACACGACAUUAACACUUGGGCUAGGAGUCAAAAGGGCAAACCUGGCAAUUUUUGCGAAAUUGUGGCGGUUUGUGACCGCGUUUUCGCCCUUUUGACAGGUGGGCACCGCCUACGUGAUACCCAGAUUUUGGCCGUUUUGCUCUUCAAUGACGUUGAAAAACGCGGUCGCCUGUGCCAGGUCCAAACAGGUGAAGGCAAAACAACAAUAGUGUCAAUUCUGGCAGUUGUGGGGGCCUUGCAGGGCCACUUGAUUGACGUGGUCACCACUAGUCCAGUGUUGGCAAGUGAUGGUGUUGACAAAAAUCGGGAUUUUUACGCCGUUUUUGGGCUCACGGUUGGCACCACUGACACGCCGGGUGGCUACACUGCCGAUGUGCUGUACGGGAGUAUUGCCAGUUUCCAGUUUGAUUAUUUGAGGGAAAGUUUUGAGGGGUUAAAUGUUCGAAAUGAUCGGCGGUUUGGUCUAGUUAUCUUGGACGAGGUUGAUAGUCUUUUGGUUGACAAUGGCGGACAUAUUGCCAAAAUUGCAACCCCGUACCCGGGAAUGGAGAGUCUAAGGUACGUUUUUAUCAAAAUUUGGGCUGAGUUGGCCAAGGCUGAGGAACGUUUUAUUGAGGAAAACCAGUCAAAACUAGAGUCAAUUGUGACAAAUGACAGUGCGGAGCAAUUGUUUGACGAGUUUUGGGCGCAAGACGAACGCCAAGUCAUUCGGGACCUAAUCAAGAGUGCCAUGCCGGCAACCAGCCCACUAAUCCCCCAGCACUUGUCACACUAUGUUGCGCGCAAUUUGGACGAUUGGAUCGAGAGUGCCUUGGUCGCCAAGUACGAUUGUCACGAGUUGGAACAAUAUCGCAUCGUCAACGGUGUUGUGACUCCUGUUGACAACCUAAACACCGGCGUGACCUUGACUAAUACAGUGUGGUCCAAAGGACUCCAACAGUUCCUCCAAUUGAAGCACAAUCUUCAUCUGACCUGUUCUACCCUAAGUAGCAUCUUUAUUUCCAACUUUGGUUACAUCCAGAAGUAUGCCAAAAUUUUUGGGGUCACUGGAACCUUGGGCUCCACCACCGAGCAAGACCUGCUAUCCCACGUCUAUAAUGUCACUUUUGCCAAAAUACCAACCCACAAACCCAAAAGCUUCACCGAAGAACCGCCAAUUGUCACAAAAGACAAUAGUUGGGAUUUGGAAGUAACGUCCGAAAUCAUGCGAAAAAUUGACGAAAAGCGGGCCGUUUUGGUGAUUUUUGCCACCGAACGUGACCUUAACACCGUUGGACGUAACCUUGAAAUCAUCCGCCACGAUGACUUCGAAAUCCGCUACAUUCGGCACGAAGGUGAAGUCAAGGACGCCAGCCUAGUAGUAAAGGCCUCUAGCGUUGUCUUGGCUACGAACCUCGCGGGGCGUGGCUGCGACUUCAAAACGGACCAAUCGGUGGAGGAGAGGGGCGGUUUGCACGUCAUUGUGGCCUUCCUACCGGCCAAUCAGCGUGUGGAAGACCAGGCCUUCGGGCGGACGUCACGCAACGGAAAUAGGGGAAGUGGGCAAUUGAUCGUGCGCGAGAGUGAGGCGAGUGGUGGGGGUUUGAAACAAACACGUGAUCUACAAGAGAGGGGGCGACUAAAACACGUUCGUGACGUUUUAAUCAAAGAAAUCGUCUUCAAGGAGGACUUGAUCGGGCGUUUUGCUGACUUGUACCUGAAACUGAAACGUGCCAAAGUGCUGGAAGGGGAGUUUUGCUACUUUUUGCAGGAUUUGAAGGAGUUUUGGGCCUUUUGGUUGGAUUCCCGCAACUUCCACAUGAUCACACAAAGUGUGGACGAAGUUUUUGGCGAGUUUUUGGGCGAAGCUGAGUAUAUUAUUAAGGGAGAAGUUAAACAUAAUCCCUUUUAUUCCAUCGCAUUGGCUGACCAUUACUUAGAAAACAAUAAAAAAGCUAAGGCUAGAAGUGAGUUGCUCAAGGUGGUGUCAAGUGGUGCCAACCAUACGGAAUUGUUGGCUGGGGCCCACUUGAAAAUGUUCGAACUGGCGAUAGCUAGUGGGAACCAGACGUGGCACAAGAUCAGGAAGGCGUUGGCUAAGGUUUUGUUUAUUGACGUUCAGAAGAACACACUGUAUAAGAAAAACGCCUUAAAACAGUUGGGGCACGCUAACGCGGCCAUAACUACCGAGAUUGAUUUUAUCGAAAGUUGGCUACAAAGUCCUGAUUUUGAGCGAAUCCUUCCAAAGGAUAAUUUUCUAAAACAAGUGAAUUCAAGGUUGUAUUGUUUGAAAAUUCAGAAAGGGAAUAUUGAGGAGUUGGUGAAACAGAUCGAAGAGGCUGGGGACGACGGGGUUGAUUUUGGGGGGAAGGCGCAAUCGACGGUUGGGAAUUAUCGAAAGAUGGACAAAAGUUCUAAAGAAAUCGUAGGUGAGACAGAGUUGAGUGAACUCCAAGCCGUUGGUAUCGACGCUCUUUACACCCUUCGAACUGUCAAAGACGUCCCUGAUUACGUCAUCCAUGCGGCUCAAGGUCAAAUCGGUGCAGGAAUUGCAGCUUUGGCCGCAGGACUUUUUUUCCCGCCCAUUUUUCCAAUCAUGAGCCCACUUGGUGUAACCCUAAUUUCCGAAGGGAUAAUAGACAUUGUUUUCGCCCUUUUCGAGGACAAUCCCGAGUUCAAGGACUUUAUGAAGGGCAAAGCGGUGUCAUACGGCAUUGCCUUGGUUACUUUCGGCCUCAGCGCCAUCGCCCAAUCAAUCAAAAUCAUAACCAAAGCUUUGAGCUUUUUCCGAAAGUUGGCAACUUUCCUACGCAAAAGCUCCUACUUGAAGGGCUUAAGUGCCAAGUUGGCCAAAGUUGUGGACAAGUUAGCGAACAAAAUGGAGCGCCUACUAGAUGUCGCCAAAUUUAACAAACUGACAAGGAGUCAACAACUAAGCCAACUGAAAGAGUUGCAAAAAAGCGGCAAAGCUUUCGACCAUUUGGGCGGUUUAUCCAAGUUACAGAGUUUGGAAAAGUUGCAAAAACUGGGCAAAUUGAAGGAACUGACCCGCAGCCAACUCCUGGUGCAGUUCGCCAAAGAGGUGGCGUGGAAAACGGCAGAAGAAGGCGGCAAACGUUUAUUGGAAAAAUUUGUUAUUAAACCGUUUCUGGGCCGACUUUACGGCGACGUGAUCGAAAAAAUCAAGGCGUUUCUGGUCAAAAGUCUGAAACAAUCGAUUCAAGACAACGCCAACUUGCGCGAAAAACUCCGAACGACUGAUAAAAAACAAAUUGACGAAACUUUGGAGCGCUUUAUUAAAGAAGACGUCGUUAUUGAAAAAUUGCGUGACUAUCUUUUUGACAGUUUGGGAAAAUUCAAAAGUACAAAGUUUCACGUUUUGAUCCACGGAGUCAAGAUGGCCGUGAAUGUGGGCAAGAUGGUUCACAUCUGUACGAAAUUUGCGGCAAAUCUUGAAAAACAACUGAAAGGUGGGGACGCUGACAACAACGUUGAUAAGAUAAUUGAUAAAAUUUGCACAAAGUUGGUCGAUGAGGUCUUGACGAUUUGUUGGGACGUCCUGAAGGAUAAUGUCAAAUUUGUAUGGAAACAUAAGGACGUUUUUGCAAGUAAACCGACUGAUCUUGUCCUGAAACCGGCUGAAAAAACUGGAAAUUCCUGGAAAGUUUUUGGGCUUGAACCAGGAGCGUCUCUUGAUGAGGUUAAGACGCAUUACAGGAAGAUGGCGUUGGUUUUGCACCCCGAUAAGAAUUUGAACGAUCCGACGGCCACUGAAAAGUUUCAGGAGUUUCAGAAUGCUUACGAAGACAUUCUGAAGACAUUUUGAUUUGUGGGAAAAUAGUUUUUUUUGGUGAUUUCAACAAGCGACGAACCCUGUAAUUUACGUAAUCAAUAAAGUGUUCAAGUCAGUUAAAAAUUGUAUUUUUAAUGCUGAAAAAUUAAUAAAUGCGACUUCUGGCUAGUGAUUUUAACAA